CGCGGUCUGCUGUAACUAUUCUCACGACGCCUCCGUCUCUUUCUCUCUCUACAUUCACAUUCUCUCUCCUCACAAAACCAAAAAAAUAAAUAAAAAUCCUUCUCUUUCUAGUCAGUCCCUCUGUGUACUUUUCUUUCAUUUUCUAGAGCUUCCAUGAUCGAUCUUCUCUAGAAAUGGACGUAAAGGAAAAAGAAAUCAUCAUACAACGCUAAAAUCUUCCUCAGGUCCAAUUUUUGGCCGGAAAUGGUUAAGAAAGGAAGCGGAUGGUUUUCCACAGUGAAGAGAGUGUUCAAAUCUUCCUCCAAGGACUACAUUCAGGAAAAAAAGAAAGACAAUGCAGAGAAAUGGCAGCAUGAUGUGCCGGAGGUUGUGUCGUUUGAACAUUUUCCUGCAGAAAGUUCUCCAGAUGUCACGAAUGACGAGAGCAAUGUGUCGUCUCCGGUGACUGAUGACAGAAAUCAUGCUAGUGCCGUGGCAGCGGCAACUGCAGCAGCUGCAGAAGCUGCUGUUGCAGCGGCUCAAGCAGCGAGGAAGGUUGUUAGAUUGGCCGGCUAUGGACGCCACUCCACGGAAGAAAGGGCGGCUACUAUGAUACAGUCAUAUUACAGAGGCUAUCUGGCUCGACGAGCUUUACGUGCUCUGAAGGGAUUGGUAAGGCUGCAAGCACUGGUGAGGGGCCAUAAUGUGCGCAAGCAAGCGCAGAUGACAAUGCGGUGCAUGCAGGCAUUGGUACGAGUACAGUCGAGAGUACGAGCACGCAGGCUUCAAUUAUCCCACGAGAAGCUUCAGAGGAGAAUUAGGGAAGAAGAGAGAAGAGGAAUGGAGAAUGAAGAGCAGAGGCAGAAGGACGUUUGGGAUGGCAGGCAUCAGAGCAUGGACAAAAUCAAGGAAAAUACUCAGAGAAAACAUGAUGCUUUGAUGAAAAGAGAGAGAGCUCUUGCCUAUGCAUUCACUUACCAGCAGCAACAACAUCAACUUUUGCAUUCGAAACCAAAUGGUGAAGAUAUUGGAAUCUAUGCUAACAACAAUCCUGAAAAGCCACAGUUGGGUUGGAACUGGCUUGAGCAUUGGAUGGCUUCACAACCAUACCAUAAUGGCCACUUAGAGCCAGGGGAUGGCUCAUUUAUCACACCAACCACCACUGAUAACAUGUCUGAGAAGACAGUUGAGAUGGAUCUAGCAAUAACACUGGGCCAACAGAAUGUCAAUAUGGGCCGGUUUAUUUUUGAUCCGGCCGAGCCAGGUCCACACCCGGCCCGACAACGGUAUGUGGGCUUGGACAGUGUUCCGAGCUACAUGGCUCCAACUAAAUCUGCAAAGGCCAAGGUGAGAAGUCAAAGCUCACACAGGCAACGUGCCUCGUCAAUGGCCCAAUGGAACCCAUCGACAAGGAAAGGAACGGGUAUUGGGUCGGGCUGUGACUCGUCGAGUUCUGGUGCAGGAACCGUAACUUAUCAGGCUCCGAGAAGCCCAAGCCCAAAAGGCAAUGGAAUGCGUAUUCGGGCUAAAUGGGUUGCAGGCUACGGCCCAGAUUCAGGCUAUAGCCCAGAUUCUGGUGGCUGCUACCACAGGCCUCUGCCUUUGGGAGGUCAUAGUUGGGAACACAAUUUCAAUUGAUUGUGUUAAAAAGUAGUAGUUACUGUGCUUUGUCAUAAGUUUCUUAUAUGUUGGAUGCUUUUUCAUCUAUUGUUCCACCCAUUCAAUGUAAUGAUAUUGCAAACAACCCUAUAUGUAAUGAUAUUUUCUAUGGCCUAUUAUAAUCUUGCCUUGGACAA